AUGGGUUCGAUUGUGCUCCCUCACCUGCCUACAGCCUGGCAUGUUGACCAGGCUAUCCUGACGGAGGAGGAACGCCUCGUGGUCAUUCGCUUCGGUCGCGAUCAUGAUCCCGAUUGCAUCCAGCAAGAUGAGCUGCUUUACAAGGUUGCAGAGCGUGUCAAGAACUUUGCGGUGAUCUACGUUUGCGACCUCGACGACGUACCCGAUUUCAUCGGAAUGUACGAACUCUACGACCCGAUGACCCUCAUGUUCUUCUAUCGAAAUAAGCAUAUGAUGUGUGACUUCGGUACAGGUAACAACAACAAGUUGAACUGGGUACUAGAGGACAAGCAAGAGCUCAUCGACAUCCUGGAAACCAUCUACAAGGGCGCAAAGAAGGGCCGUGGUUUGGUUGUGAGCCCAAAGGAUUACUCGACUCGCUACCGCUACUAG